UUUACCCUCGCACAAACGUAGCAUCUAGCGAGACGUCGGAAAAAUCAAUAUUCUUACUGAACGUACUGGAAAAACCAUUACGGUGACUGUCCUCUGCAAAACUUCAUUGUAGUGACUAAAUAACAAUUUGAUUUUGUCCUUUACUAUAUGAAAUAGAGCCUUUAGGAGUGUACAGUUCAGGCGAAAAGGCAGUUUGUGGUGUGCUAACGUUUUAAAAUGUUCAUAACAGAGUGAUCACGAUAGGGUUUAUUGCGUGUACUGUUUUGCUUCAUCGUUUAUUUGCUAUAUUAUUAUGCGUUCACUCACUGCUGCGAACGGGGUAGCUCCCUUGCCCGAAUUGGACGUUCCGUCUGAAAUAAGACGCAACAGCGGGGCCGACGUCGAAAUGGCUGGUGCCCAGGAUACGAUCUACUUGUGCAAUUUUCGCGUCUCCGUCGACGGAGAGUGGCUUUGCCUGAAGGAGUUACAUGACAUUGAGAUGCAGGACUCCUUCACUCGUCCAAACGAAAAUGGUGCGAUCACUUCACCGGACGAUCCGAUGCAUUCUUUGAUGGCUCGUGAUCCAGUGGUGAUAGAGCGUAGCAACCUCGUCAAUAUCUCCAAGUUGAUUGUGAAGGAACUGAUCGAGCAAUCGCUUCGCUAUGGCCGCAUGCUCGACAGUGACCAUCUCCCCUUGCAUCACUUCUUCAUCGUCCUCGAACAUGUUAUGCGUCAUGGACUUAAACCGAAAAAGGGGCUUCUUGGACCAAAGAAAGAGCUGUGGGAUAUUCUGCAAAUGGUGGAGAAAUAUUCUCCCGAGGCGGCCGACAUUACUGCGAGUGUAAGAGACCUGCCAACUGUUAAAACCGCAAUGGGUCGAGCGCGUGCUUGGUUACGUCUAGCAUUAAUGCAGAAACGCCUCGCUGAUUACCUGAGGAUUUUACUGGAACGUCGCGAAGAGACGUUAGAGGAAUACUUCGAGCCUCAUGCAUUGAUGUUGAACGAGGAAGCAGUUAUUAUCACGGGUCUGCUUGUCGGACUUAAUGUUGUCGACUGUAAUUUGUGUGUUAAGGAAGAAGAUUUGGAUAGUCAGCAAGGGGUGAUCGAUUUCUCGCUAUAUUUACGCGGCAGUAACUCCUCUAACGACAUAGCCGGCAAUGGAAAUAACGCGAACAAUGAACCGAAGCAACGUCAUAUUAACACCAUGUUGGACCAGAAAAACUACAUCGAAGAACUAAAUAGACAUCUCAAUGCCACUGUGGCAAAUUUACAAGCCAAAGUAGAAUCUCUUACAACCACUAAUGCUCUCAUGAAGGAAGAUCUUGCUAUUGCUAAAAAUACAAUGAUUACACUCGUGGAGGAAAACAAUCAGUUGAAACAUGCGUUGGGUCAAGAUAUAACCAAAGACAGUAGGAUGAAAAUAACAGAGGUGCUUUCUGAAGAAGAGGAGAAACAUAGCGUAAAGAGUUCCUCGUCGGAUAAAUCUAAGAAUGAAAAGGAUACCGAAAUGGGAAAGUUGUUGGAUGAAGAAAGGAAGAAGAACAUGGAACUACAAAAGGAAUUGGACUUGCAGAUAUCUUUGAAAGCGGAAAUGGAAGUAGCAAUGAAAUUGCUAGAAAAAGACAUUCACGACAAACAGGACACCAUUAUAUCUCUGAGGAGGCAACUCGAUGAUAUAAAAUUGAUUAAUUUGGAGAUGUACAAGAAGUUGCAGGAAUGUGAAAGUUCCUUGAAACAUAAAACAGAGCUAAUUGCCAAAUUGGAAGCAAAGACUGAAUCAAUGGGCAGCACCAUACAUCAGCUCGAUGAGAAGUUACAGGAAGAUAAGUUAAUAAAGAAGAAUCUAGAAGAAAGUGCCAGAUCACUGGGACAGAAGGCGGCCGCGGCCGAGACCAGGGCAGUGGCCGCGGAGGGAGACUUAAAGAUUGAGAGGGAGUGGAGAAUAUCGCUGCAGGAUUCUAUGAUGCGUGAUAGAGACAAAAUAUCAAUAUUAACACAGGAAGUGGAAUCUUUAAAAUCUAUAGGAAAAAAAUAUAUCGCGUUACAAGAAGAACAGCAUACUCUUAAAGCACAGUAUAUAGAAGCUCAGAAGACUUUGGAAGAAGUAGGUGCAACUUUAAGCGAAAAUAAGCUCCAAUUAGCAGAGCUUUUGGAGAAAGAAGCUCAUGCUUCUACUGAAGACACACCAAACUGGACAAGUGACAAGGAUGCGGUGGCGUGCGCUGCUUGCACUAAAGAAUUUAAUAUUACAAGGAGAAAGCAUCACUGUAGACGGUGUGGCCAUAUAUUCUGCGCGGCGUGCAGCGACAAAACAGUCGCACUGCCUGGCAACACUAAACCUGUUAGAGUUUGUGACACAUGUUUCAAUGAAGUCAGACUUACGUAGUCUUAAAUGGAUCCAUUGUAGAACAUAAUUCAGCCCUAGAGGCUACCUUUCCGUAUAUAAAUGGAAGUGCUAAGCUGUGUAAGUUUUUUUGCGUUUGUCAAUGGUGCGAGUUAAGGGAAUAUGUAACUAAAAACGUAGUAGUUAAAGGUGCUAAUCGCCUGGCAAAAUGUUUAUG